AUGCGGCUCCUUGAACGUGACGAUACCGGCGACUUCCACCUGAAGGACUUGCCCAGCAACGCGAUUCCGCCUUACGCCAUACUCUCACACACAUGGGGCGAUGAAGAGGUCCUCUUCAAAGAUCUGGUGGAUGGUACGGGCAGGAAAAAUGCAGGCUAUGCUAAGGUUCAGUUUUGCGGAGAUCAAGCCUGGCGCGAUGGGCUGAAAUACUUCUGGAUCGACACAUGCUGCAUCGACAAGUCAGACGCUGUCGAGCUCCAGCACGCUCUCAACUCCAUGUUCCAGUGGUAUCGUAACGCCAUCAAAUGCUAUGUCUAUCUCACAGACGUCUCAAUCAGCAAGCAGGAUGCCGACGGCAACUCUAGUUGGGAACUGGCUUUUCGGACAUGCAGAUGGUUUACCCGAGGAUGGACUCUGCAGGAGCUUAUUGCUCCAACGAUCGUUGAAUUCUUCUCUAAGGAGUGCGAGCGUUUGGGGGAUAAAAAGUCUUUGGAACAAGAAAUCCAUGAUAUAACCGGAAUUCCUCUAAAAGCUCUUCAGGGAAGACCUCUAUCCGAUUUCAGUAUUGCCGAACGAAUGGCGUGGAUAGAGAAGCGCGAUACAAAACUUGAGGAAGAUAAGGUUUACUCGCUAUUCGGUAUCUUUGACGUGCACAUACCGGUUAUUUACGGCGAAGGAAAACAGAAGGCAUUGAAGCGGCUGCGAGACAAGAUCCGCGAGGAUUUUCUCUGUUUAGGAAAGCUGUGGUCCGCUGACCCGCGAGACCCGCACCACGAGAAGGAGCGCAUCGAGCUAGCAAAGGGUGGUCUGCUGGCUGAUGCUUACCGCUGGGUCCUUGACAACCCCGAAUUUCUGCAAUGGCGCCAUAACUCAGAGAGUCGACUUCUCUGGAUCAAGGGCGACCCUGGCAAAGGCAAGACCAUGUUGCUCUGCGGCAUCAUCGACGAGCUAGAGCAACCCAUCACUGCUAGUGGUGGCAACUUGGCGUAUUUCUUUUGUCAAGCUACCGACUCGCGCAUCAAUAGCGCAAUUGCCGUGCUACGGGGGUUGAUUUACCUCCUUGCUCGCCGACAACCGCGUCUUCUCUCUUAUCUGCCCGAGAAUACGUACGCUUCCGACGACGCAAUGGCAUGGGUCGUUCUAUCGAAGGUUUUACGGCGUAUGCUAGAAGAUCCAGACUUGAAGGAAACCUACCUGGUCAUUGAUGCCCUUGACGAAUGCGUUAUCGACCUACCCAAACUUUUGGAUUUCGUCGUCAUUUCACCAGGACGCGUCAAGUGGCUCUUAUCAAGUCGGAACGAGGUUCUUAUUGAGGAGAAGCUGAAACCAGAUGUUGGGCGGACGAGACUUAGUCUCGAGUUGAAAGCGAAUGCGAUGCAAGUGUCUCACGCCAUCGAUGCGUAUAUCGACGGCAAGCUAUCAGGUCUCGCAUCACUUCAAGACGACACGCCGUUGAAAAAUCAAGUGCGGGAUAUUUUGCACCAAAAGGCAAACGGCACGUUCCUCUGGGUUGCUCUCGUUAUACAAGAGCUCAGUGAGGAUGAUGUUGAGAGCUGGCAUGCUCUUCAAAUCGUCGAAGAAGUGCCGCCAGGCCUAGAUAGGAUGUAUGAUCGCAUGUUGAAUGAAAUCAGUCGGCACAAAAGGGACUCGGAAUUUUGCCGGCGCAUACUCUUGGUGGCCACGGUUGCAUAUCGCCCACUCUACUUGGACGAAAUAGGCAGCUUAUCUGAAUUACCGGAGCAAAUUGUGGGAUUGACAGAGAAUAUUAGGAAAGUCGUGGCUAAGUGCGGAUCGUUUCUCACCAUCCGAGAAGACAAGAUCUACCUUAUCCAUCAGUCAGCCAAGGACUACUUAAGCGCAUCCGCCUUGAUCUUCCCCCAUGGGGCACCAAUUGCCCACCGGUAUAUAUGCACUCGAUCGCUAGAGCUUAUGUUUCAGAAGUUAAGACGCGACAUGUACGGCUUAGUUAGCCCGGGAUUUCCUAUCGACCAGGCCCGCACGCCAGAACCGGACCCUCUUGCGACAGUACGGUAUUCGUGCGUCUUCUGGGUUGACCACCUCCGCGAUUCGAUUUCUGAUAAAGACACGCCACAACGCAACACACUGGAUGCGGUUCAGACAUUCCUUGAACAGAAGUAUCUUUACUGGCUCGAAGCUCUUAGUCUACUCCGAGCUAUAUCGGAGGGUGUCAUUGCCAUAAGAAAGCUUGAGGGCUUACUGGGGCGAACUCAUCAAAGGCAGCUAACAACCUUUAUUCGGGAUGCGCACCGGUUCGUUCUCUCCUACAGAUGGAUAAUCGAGCAAGCCCCUCUUCAGGCGUAUACAUCAGCCCUCGUAUUUGCACCGGUUGGCAGUCUAGUAAAGAAGAGAUUUAGGACGGAAGAACCUAGCUGGAUCAGUACAAAGCCAGUAGUAGAAGCGGACUGGAAUGCAUGCCUCCAGACACUCGAAGGCCAUAGGGGCUCGGUUUCCUCGGUUGCCUUUUCAGCGGAUGGCCAGCGGCUCGCAUCCGGUGCGAACGACGGUACCGUCAAGAUCUGGGAUCCCUCCUCGGGACAAUGCCUCCAGACGCUCGAAGGCCAUUGGGGCUCGGUUUCCUCAGUUGCCUUUUCAGCGGAUGGCCAGCGGCUCGCAUCCGGUGCAGACGACCGUACCGUCAAGAUCUGGGAUCCCGCCUCGGGACAAUGCCUCCAGACGCUCGAAGGCCAUAGGGCCUGGGUUACCUCAGUCGCCUUUUCGGCGGAUGGCCAGCAGCUCGCAUCCGGUGCAGACGACGGUACCGUCAAGAUCUGGAAUCCCGCCUCGGGACAAUGCCUCCAGACGCUCGAAGGCCAUUGGGGGAGGGUUUCCUCAGUUGCCUUUUCGGCGGAUGGCCAGCGGCUUGCAUCCGGUGCAGACGACGGUACCGUCAAGAUCUGGGAUCCCGCCUCGGGACAAUGCCUCCAGACGCUCGAAGGCCAUUGGGGCAGGGUUUCCUCAGUUGCCUUUUCGGCGGAUGGCCAGCGGCUCGCAUCCGGUGCAAACGACGGUACCAUCAAGAUCUGGGAUCCCUCCUCGGGACAAUGCCUCCAGACGAUCGAAGGCCAUAGGGGCUCGGUUUCCUCGGUCGCCUUUUCGGCGGAUGGGCAGCAGCUCGCAUCCGGUGCAGACGACGGUACCGUCAAGAUAUGGGAUCCCGCCCCGGGACAAUGCCUCCAGACGCUCGAAGGCCAUAGGGGCUCGGUUUCCUCGGUUGCCUUUUCGGCGGAUGGCCAGCGGCUCGCAUCCGGUGCAGACGACGGUACCGUCAAGAUCUGGGAUCCCGCCCCGGGACAAUGCCUCCAGACGCUCGAAGGCCAUAGGGGCUUGGUUUCCUUGGUCGCCUUUUCGGCGGAUGGCCAGCGGCUCGCAUCCGGUGCAGUCGACGGUACCGUCAAGAUCUGGGAUCCCGCCUCGGGACAAUGCCUCCAGACGCUCGAAGGCCAUAGGGGCUUGGUUUUUUCAGUUGCCUUUUCGGCGGAUGGCCAGCAGCUCGCAUCCGGUGCAGUUGACGGUACCGUCAGGAUAUGGGAUCCCGCCUCGGGACAAUGCCUCCAGACGCUCGAAGGCCAUAGGGGCUCGGUUUCCUCGGUCACCUUUUCGGCGGAUGGCCAGCGGCUCGCAUCCGGUGCAGUCGAUGGUACCGUCAAGAUCUGGGAUCCCCCUUCGGGACAAUGCCUCCAGACGCUCGAAGGCCAUAGGGGCAGGAUUUCCUCAGUUGCCUUUUCGGCGGAUGGCCAGCAGCUCGCAUCCGGUGCAAACGACGGUACCGUCAAGAUCUGGGAUCCCUCCUCGGGACAAUGCCUCCAGACGAUCGAAGGCCAUAGGGGCAGGGUUUCCUCGGUCGCCUUUUCGGCGGAUGGCCAGCGGCUCGCAUCCGGUGCAAACGACGGUACCGUCAAGAUCUGGGAUCCCUCCUCGGGACAAUGCCUCCAGACGCUCGAAGGCCAUAGGGGCAGGGUUUCCUCAGUCGUCUUUUCGGCGGAUAAUCAGGGGGCGCAUGGGUAUGUGUUGCGGCCAGACACGACCUGGGUCAUCUAUAACGGCCAGAAUGUGCUAUGGUUACCACCUGAAUACCGCCCAACCUGCACUGCAAUCCAGGGGCGGAUAGUAGCUAUUGGUUGUUCAUCAGGGCGAGUUUUUACUAUUGGCUUUUCAAGAGACAAAUAA